AGAGAUCGGGUGCAGAGAGUAGGAAUAGAGAGACCCAUGGCACCUGUGGUGAGCGCCGCGAUGGGCACUUUGGGUCCCCUGCUUGGGAAGCUCACUUCUUUGCUUGCCGAUGAGUGUGGCCGGCUGAAAGGGGUCCGCCGGGAGAUCCGCUCCCUCAAAUCUGAGCUGACAAGCAUGCAUGCUGCAGUCCACAAGUACAUGAUGCUAGAAGACCCCGAUAUCCAAGUGAAGUCAUGGAUUUCUCUGGUGAGGGAGUUGAGCUACGAUAUUGAGGAUUGCAUCGACAAGUUCAUCCACCACCUCGGCGACGGUGGUCAUGACGGUGGCUUCAAGGAGUUCUUCCGUACGACUGCUCGUCGUCUGAAGACCCUUGGGUCUCGGCGCACAAUCGCUAACCAAAUCGGCGAUCUGAAGGCCCGUGUUAAGGAAGUGAAAGAGCUCAAGAGUAGCUACAAGCUGGAUGAUGUUGCUUGUAGCACCUCUGCCCAUGCGGCCUUAGACCCCCAGCUGUCAGCUCUUUUUGCUGAGGAGGCACAGCUUGUGGGUGUUGACGGUCCACGAGAUGAUCUUGUCAACUGGAUGGUGGAAGAAGGAGACGGCUCGACCAAGCAUCACCGCAGGGUGCUGUCUAUUGUUGGGUUUGGAGGGUUGGGAAAGACAACACUAGCCAACGAGGUCUAUCGCAAGAUUCAAGAGAAUUUUCAUUGUCGGGCAUUUGUUUCUGUCUCGCAAAAGCCGGAUAUAAAGAAAAUUAUCAAGGAUGUCAUUUCCCAAGUGUCAUUCCUGGAUGGAUUCACAAAAGAUAUCGACAUCUGGGAUGAAAAGAAAUCCAUUGCAAAGCUACGAGAAGUGCUACAAGAUAAAAGGUAUCUCAUCGUCAUUGAUGACAUAUGGUCAAUACCGGCAUGGGAUGCUAUCAAGUGUGCUUUUCCGGAUAAUAUGCUUUCUAGUAGAAUUAUGGCUACCACACGGGUUCUUGACGUUGCAAGGUCAUGCUGUUCGGGUUGGGAUGGCCGCGUCUAUGAAAUGGAACCUCUAAGUGAUCUUCACUCUAGAAGAUUGUUUUUCAAAAGAAUUUUUAGCUCUAAGGACUGCUGCCCUGAUAUUCUCAAGGAAGUUUCAAAUGAGAUCCUGAGAAAGUGUGGAGGGUUGCCAUUGGCAAUUAUCAGUAUAUCUAGUUUGUUGGCCAACAGACCAGCUGUUAAAGAAGAGUGGGAGAGAGUAAAAAGGUCGAUUGGUUCUGCAAUGGACAAAGGCAAGAGUUUGGAGGGAAUGAAUAGCAUACUGUCCCUUAGCUACAGUGAUCUUCCGCCAAAUCUCAAGACUUGCUUGCUGUAUUUGAGUCACUUUCCUGAGGACAGUAUGAUUGAGAGGGAAAGGUUAGUGAGGCGAUGGAUAGCAGAAGGCUUUAUCUGUGAAGAGCGCGGACAAAGCCAGGAAGAGAUUGCAGAAAGCUAUUUUUAUGAGCUUAUUAACAAAAGCAUGAUACAACCAAUGUAUAUUCAGUAUGAUGGCAAGACUAAUUAUAUCAAAAUCCAUGACAUGAUGCUUGAACUGAUCAUAUCAAAAUCUGCCGAAGAUAAUUUCAUCACUGUGGUAAAUGGCGAGCAGACGGUUUGGGAAAAUGAUCAUGGUUAUAUUCGACGACUAUCGAUUCAGCACAUUGACCAGGACCUUGCAUCAAUAUUGGCAAAUAAGGAUCUACGCCAUGUUCGAUCUCUAACAGUAACAAACUCUGGGUGCGUCAAACAUUUGCCUAGCCUUGGUGAGUUUGAAAGUUUACGCGUACUGGAUUUUGAAGGUUGUGAGGGUCUGCAGGAGUAUGAUAUGAGCUGUAUCGGCAACCUUUUUCACCUGAAGUACUUAAGCUUUAGGGGCACAGGCAUAUCAGAGCUGCCACCAGGAAUUGUGGUGCUACAUGAUCUACUUACGCUAGAUCUUGAACUUACAUGGAUACAAGAGUUGCCAGCUGCAAUUGUCCAGCUCACUAAACUACAACACCUACUCGCUUUGGUCGGACGUCGUAACAGAGGUAACUCUUGGAACACAACGAUACCAAAUGGGAUUGGGAAUAUGAGAAAUUUACGGGUGAUCUCAGGUCUGAGUACUACCAGGAGUUCAGUAGGUGCAGUGGAGGAGCUCGGGAAGCUGACCUGUUUGAAUCAACUCAUUGUACGAGUGGACAAGAGGCAUGAAGAUAUGUUACUAUCCUCACUAUGCAAGCUCGGCACCUGUAAACUCCAGUCUUUAGCGAUAAUCGGGGAUCUUGAAUUCUUACAUUCUUGGUCUCCUGUACCAUCUUCCCUCCGAAGACUUCACAAUGGGAUGUAUUUCCUCAAAAUUCCAGAGUGGAUUUUUAUCAGCAAUCUAACAUACAUAGACAUUAAAGUAGAUGAAGUAACAGAGGAGGAUCUGCACAUGCUUGGAAAGCUCCAUGCUUUGCUUUAUCUGGAAAUUAUCAUGGAAUCAAAACCAAAACAAAGGCUUACAAUACAAGGAUUUCCAAGUCUGAAGGAGUUUUUAUUUAAUUGCUUUGACGAUGGGGUAUACAUUACAUUCACGGAAGGGGCUAUGCCCAAGCUUGAGAAAUUUGAUAUGAUGUUCGACGUGUCAAUAGCAAUAACUUAUGCCUUCUAUACUGGCAUCACACAUUUACCGUAUCUCAAAGAAGCAGAAGUGUAUAUUUGUAGUGGGGGCGCUGGACAUUCGGAGAUCAAGGCUGCGGGUGCUGUGAUCAGGGAUGAAGCACGUUUCCAUCCCAACCAUCCUAAAGUUACUAUUUUUGAAGAAGGCCCUGAUGGGAGGUUUCGUCCCAUUGCUUAAAGAAAGAUCGGCCUGUUGUGUUCUCCACUUCUCCAAUCAAAGUACAUCCUAUAUGUCCAAGUUGCUGCAGAAUUCUCAAAUUCACAUGUUCAACAGUUUUAUUUCGACGGCGCCUGAUGAUGGGCAGCUGGCUUCUUCCAAUUAAUCAUUGCCGAACGAUGGCUGAAGACCCACUCUUCCUUGUGCCUCGGUUGAUAACAUGAAUAAGAGUAGUCUCAGUUGGUACUUGCUAGAAUAAUUGUUCCCGUUAUUUACUCAAGCUUUAUUUCUGUUGAGUACUUGCUGCGAUUCUAUUGUGUACUGUAAGACUUAAGCUCAGUUCCGUUGAACACUUGCUGUGAUUCUUUCUGUUGAACACUUGUUGUGAUUGUUUCUA